CGUCCGUAGGCGUGGCUCGCGGUGCUGUUGCUGCCUGCCGAGGCUCGGGACUCAGGCGUGCAACAUCGCUCGGAGACCGGACGAAGACUGCACAUUUACCAUCCAUUUCAAAGGCUGCAGAGACGGGGUGUAGUGAAGUCUGCCGUUCACAAAAUAAACAAUUCUACACUCUUUGGCGAGCAAAUAUAACAUCAUGCCUCCAAUGCGCCACAGAUCAAUGCGUGUCUUCUUGCAUGACGACCGCCAUGCCAUGGCCAAGCACUCUGCCAUCUAUCCAACGCAAGAGGAGCUUGAAAAUGUCCAGAACAUGGUGUCCCACACAGAGCGGGGGCUGAAGGCAGUCUCUGACUGGCUGGACAGGCAAGAGAAGGGAGGCACAAAGACUGAAGUUGACGCCGCAGAGAGUGAAAAAGACAGCGAACACAAAGAGCAAGCCCACCGCACUCUUCGGGGGGUCAUGAGGGUGGGGCUCGUGGCAAAGGGGCUGCUUUUGAAGGGCGACCUGGACCUUGACCUGGUGCUGCUCUGUAAGGAAAAGCCGACCGGAACGCUGCUGAACACCGUGUCGGAGAAUCUGACCACGCAGCUCAAGGCGAUCACGGAAGAGCAGUAUGUGGUGAGCCAGCAGAUCCCGGAUGCCAGUAUUACCAUCAAGAACACCAAGGAGCCUCCUCUGUCCCUCACCAUUCACCUGACCUCGCCUCAGGUCCGGGAGGAAAUAGAGAAGGCGGCGGCUGGGGAAUCGCUUUCAGUCAACGAUCCUCCGGAUGCUCUGGACAGGCAGAAAUGCCUAACUGCCUUGGCGUCUCUCCGCCACGCUAAGUGGUUUCAGGCCAGAGCCAACGGGCUGCGCUCCUGCGUCAUCGUCAUCCGGAUCCUGAGAGACCUCUGCGCCCGCAUCCCCACGUGGACUCCACUCCAUGGCUGGCCUCUGGAGCUCAUCUGUGAAAAAGCCAUUGGCACCACAAACAGACCGAUGGGAGCUGGAGAAGCCCUGCGCAGGGUUCUGGAGUGUCUGGCGUCCGGGAUCCUCAUGCCAGAAUCUGCGGGGAUCUCUGAUCCCUGUGAGAAGGAGCCCACCGAUGCCAUCGGUCACCUGAACCGCCAGCAGAGGGAGGACAUCACAUCCAGUGCCCAGUAUGCCUUAAGGCUGGCCGCUUUCGGGCAGCUUCACAAAGUGCUGGGUAUGGAUCCACUUCCCACGAAGAUUCCCAAAAAGACUCGUACUGAGACGCCUAUUGACUACAUCGUCCAAAUCCCUCCGAGCACCGCGUAUGCGCCGCCGAUGAAGAGGCCCAUCGAGGAGGAGGAGGGCACGGAUGACAAAAGUCCCAACAAGAAGAAGAAAAAGGUGCAGAAGAAAUCUGCCGACGACAAAGCUGAGCCUCCUCAGGCCAUGAACGCUCUGAUGCGACUCAACCAGCUGAGGCCCGGCCUUCAGUACAAGCUGAUCUCCAAGACCGGCCCGGUGCACGUCCCAGUCUUCACCAUGUCGGUGGAGGUGGAUGGGAAGACGUUUGACGCCUCGGGUCCAUCGAAGAGGACGGCCAAGCUGCAUGUGGCUGUGAAGGUCCUGCAGGACAUGGGUCUCCCCACUGGAGUAGAGGUGAAGACUGAGCCCGCAAAACCAGAAGUCACCGUGGCAGCCGCCCCAGCAGAACUUGCCAAAGUGAAGGUGGAACCUGCAGAGCCGACGCUCGACGCCGUGCCCAACACAGAAACCGCUGAAGCAGCGGAGCCCCCCCGCCAGCAGGGGCCCAUCCUCACCAAGAACGGCAAGAACCCAGUGAUGGAGCUGAACGAGAAGCGGCGCUGCCUCAAGUACGAGCUCAUCUCCGAGACGGGCGGCAGCCACGACAAGCGCUUCGUCAUGGAGGUGGACAUCGACGGCCAAAAGUUCCAAGGGACCGGCUCCAAUAAGAAGGUGGCCAAGGCUCACGCCGCCCUGGCUGCCCUGGAGCAGCUCUUCCCUGAGGGCAGCGCGCCAGAGGCGCCGGCCAAGAAGAAGGGCCUGCCCAUGCACAACCCCGGAGGCUACGGCAUGAUGGGACCCCCCGGGAACGGAGCGCCACCUAGAGGCAGGGGGAGGGGCCGCGGGCGCGGCAGGGGCAGAGGCUUCAACAACAGUGGAGGAUACGGCCAGGGAGGCUUUGGAUCCUUCGGUUACGGGAACAACGCCAACCCAGGAUACAGUUACAGCUACAACAACGCUGGACAAAACGGAGGAGCUUGCACCACGAGCAGUCCGUCCGCCGGCCCCCCAGCGUCCCCCGUCUCUGGAUCCUCACAGAGCUCCUACGGUUCGUUCUACCAGAACAACGGUGCCUACAGUCCCUCGCCCGCGGUGAAGCCCAAAAAGAAGCCCCCCAUGCACAAAGGAGUGAAGCCUUUCCCAGGACCGCAGGGCGUGAGCGGCGUCCCCGCAGGUGGCUUCCAGCCAGGAGGCUCACCGGGACCGGCCUCCUACGGCCCGUACGGCUAUGGGCAAGGGAAGAAGAGCUUCAACCAGAGCCAGGUGGGGUCUGGUGGGUAUGCCUACAGCACCGCCUACCCAAGUCAGGUGACGGGAGGAGCCGGAAGCAGCCAGAACUACAACUAUGAUGGAUUCGGAAGCCUGCCAAACUACAGCUCCCAAGGAGCAGGGAACAACCAAGGGUUCGGGAACUCUCCGUACCACACUGGAGGUUACGGGAAAUCGGACGGCAGCAUGAGCUACCAGUACAGAUAGACUGCACGACUCUGAGAGGUCCAUCGGCUCCAGUCGUCCCGCAGUCGGACACGUCCGUUGCUGCUGCUGCCGCCGCCGCCGCCUUCCUACAUCCUCGCCGUUUCCCCAUUGUUGUGUAGCAAGUGAUGUUGUGGCUGCCACUGGCCCCCCGUCCUGUGCUGAACUCCAGGUCAUUCUUUUAUAAACAUUUGACUCCUGUCUCACUGACAGAGGAGACCUUCAACUCUCAAGAGUUUGACAUUUUAUUUCGUCGUCGUCUGGUAUAGACAUACACAAACUCGUUGGGUUGUGUAGAUACGUUUAAGCUGACCUUGUAAUUAUGGCGUGUUUGUGAUCGGAUUGUUUGAAGGAACUUUUUUGAGGUUGCUGGAAACAAUGCAAUUAUGAAAUGUUACUGCUGAACAUGGCCUCAGAUGGAUUUGUUUCUCAUCAGCUGUUUGUAUGAAUAAAUGAUUUUUAUUUUGGAGA